AUGAAGUACAUUAUCGAACACAUGGAGCAGGGCUUCAGUGAGUGGGUGACUCUUGAAUAUGCGCAGAUCAUCAGAGACCUUGGCGCCUCAAAUCUUAUUUUGUCUUCGUUGCCUGAUGAAACUCGGGAAUCAGACAUUCCGCUUAAGCUGCGGGAAAUGGGUCUUCAAUGGACUACGAAGCCUCUGACCGAUAUAAAUCAAGUCUUCCCCAAUUUGCCCAGUUUGCAAGAGAAACGUGUUUGUUUGCUAGACCCGCGUGCUAAGGAGGAUUUGAAUCCUCAGGAUGCUCAAGAAUUCGAUUACUUUGUGUUUGGUGGUAUUCUCGGUGAUCAUCCUCCAAGAGACCGUACUACGGAAUUGCUUAGAGCGUACCCAAACUUGUUGGUCGGAAAGAGACUUGGAGACAAGCAGAUGACUACGGAUACUGCUAUCAGAACCACGCAGCUAAUUAUUGAGCGUCAAUUGGCAUUCGACCAGAUAAAAUUCAUUGACUACCCCGAGUUCAGGUUCAACAAAAAUGAGGCCACGGAGAUGCCGUUCAGAUAUGUUCUGGAUGCCAGUCAAAAACCCAUUCUUCCUGAAGGAAUGUUGGACCUCAUCAAAAAAGAUUCUGAACAGAGCUUGGACGACUUGCUAUGA